GGCGAGGAGACCCCGCAGCGAGCUGCCAACGCCCGGCGGAGCAGCGCUGUGAGGUAAGAAGGCGGCGGCGGCAGCAACGGCAACGGCGGGAUUCUCGGCCCGGUCGUCGGAGGGAGGGAAGGAAAGGAAGGAAGGAAGGAGGGCGAAGGCCAGCGAUUAAUUUUGGACCUGAUAUAGCAACAAAUUUGAACUAUGCAGACAAUUAAGUGUGUGGUUGUGGGAGAUGGCGCUGUUGGUAAAACAUGUCUUCUAAUUUCUUAUACGACAAAUAAAUUUCCCUCUGAAUAUGUACCAACGGUGUUCGAUAACUAUGCUGUAACAGUGAUGAUUGGCGGGGAGCCAUACACCUUAGGCCUGUUUGACACUGCAGGGCAGGAAGAUUAUGACCGAUUACGGCCCCUCAGCUACCCACAGACAGACGUGUUUCUGGUCUGCUUCUCGGUGGUCUCGCCCUCUUCGUUUGAAAAUGUCAAGGAAAAGUGGGUCCCCGAAAUCACUCACCAUUGUCCGAAGACUCCCUUUCUGCUCGUCGGGACCCAGAUUGACCUCCGAGACGACCCCUCGACGAUUGAGAAGCUCGCCAAGAAUAAGCAGAAGCCCAUCACUCCCGAGGCUGCCGAGAAACUGGCACGGGACUUGAAAGCCGUCAAAUACGUGGAAUGCUCUGCGCUCACACAAAAAGUUGGUUGAAAAACAGCAACACCGCCAACCGCCACCACCAAUAAAACAAAUCCUGAACGAAAGAAGCCGUCUCUCUUUACUCCGUGUCUUUAGAGCAAACUCUGUAUUAGCUUUUGAGGGUUGGGAAGGGAUUAGAAACUGCUUUUUUUUCUUUCUUAAAAAAAUAAAUAAAUCGGGGCGCGGCUGUGGGAAACGUGAAAAUAGAACCCGUUAAAAUGUGCGUUAGGGCUGCUGGCUCUUUUAAUAGCUACGUGAGUAGGUCACUCGAGAGAUGCCGUGGUAGCUUUGCUUAGAAUAAUUGAACGAGAAAUUGGUAGGAUUUUUAUAUCUAAAUGAAAAGGACUGUACAAUCUUAUUUCUCUUUCUCCCUCCCUCCCUCCCUCCCUUCUUCCUCUGCGAUUCUCUUUUCUCUCUCAAUUGUAUUUGCAUGAUGAUUGUAUCUGACAUACUGACCUGCAAGUAAUACUAAAAUGGUUUCUCUCUCUCUCUUUCUCUCUCUCUCUCUUUCUCUCUCUCUGUGCAGUGGGUUUUUGCUAUACUUUUGGCUGUUUGUGGUGUCGUGCAGUGUUUGUC